UAAAUGUUAAAAAUAUUUCAUAUAUUCGUAACAAAAACUCAUUUUAUCACAAGUGACGAUGUGCUGAACAUUUACCAUGCAUAGAACCACCGAAUAAUCCAGUUCAAGUUCAAUUGUUAACGUGUGCCAAAAUUAAAAUUAUUUACAAAGAAAAUAACAAAAUGGAUAACCUAACAACAGCUAGUACGUCGACCACCGCAUCACCACGGCGACGAGCGCGUUUGCAGCGUUCCGAACGGUUACAUAGUGAAUCCAGUACACCGUAUUCAUCUUGGGAGGCGUUGAUAAGAGACAGUUUCGGUCAAAUUGCAUGGCCUAUAAAAAUUACAUCGUGGGAGCUAGUUACGGACGCGGACAUGGUACCAACAAGUUCGUCGGCAACUGAAUUAAUUUCCCGCAGAGGUGUAUUUUCACGACGCCACUAUGGAUCCGUAGAUCAGAUACCCCAAACAGAUUUAGAAGGUUUGGAUCCCAAUUGUCGAAGAUUUAGAUUAGAAAAUGGAGAGUCACUGGCCGAAAUAGAUGAGGUAUUCGGAAGUCCAAGUGCUCCAAUUUUAGAGAAUCCAGAACACCAAACACGAUGGUACUUCAAAUAUUUUUUAGGAAAACUGCAUCAGAAUUAUGUUGGAAUAGACACAGAAAAGAAUCCGUACUUUUUGUCGAUUGUGUCGCAGGAUUCGGGGAGUAAAAGUAUCCCGUUGUACAGGGCGAUAUUAUUUCGAAAACAGGGAGCACAGAAAAUAGCCUUGCCAUACACACCGAACCAGAAGCUCACAGUGAAGCAACUUUUAUCCCAUUUCUCGUCAAUGGACACAACAAAAACACCGAAAGAACUAUUUUCCGCCGACAUACAGAAGGACCUGUUACUGCUGGAGGAACAAGAGGGGUCGGUAAACUUCAAAUUCGGUGUGGUUUAUAUGAAAUCCGGUCAGAAGUGUGACGAUGAAAUGCUGAGCAACGAGGAUGGCAGUGAAAAAUUUGAUGAGUUUUUGGGUGUACUUGGCGAGAAGAUACGACUAAAAGGAUGGGAACGAUUUCGUGGCGGAUUAGAUGUUAAGGGUGACAUGACGGGCAAAUAUUCCAUUUACACUCUGUACGAAGGUCACGAAAUAAUGUUUCACGUUUCGACAUUAUUACCAUUUUCAAGAGAUAACCGACAACAGGUGGAACGUAAGCGGCACAUUGGAAACGACAUCGUCAAUAUUGUGUUUAUUGAUACGGAUGAUAGCGAGGAUUUGGACUUUUCACCUAGCUGUAUUAAGAGUCAGUUUACUCACGUUUUUGCCGUGGUAACCCAACAUAAUGGCACAUACAAAUUAUCAAUUUACUGUGAUGAGACAGUUCCUCCAUUUGGACCGACAUUACCGAAUCCGCCGGUAUUCCAGAAUGAUGCGGCUUUGCGGGAAUUUCUUUUGGUGAAGCUAAUCAAUGGCGAAAAGGCUACAUUCCAAACACCGACGUUUUCACGGAAACGUGAAAGAACUCUCGAAAUGUUAAUAAAAGACCUGUAUGAAGAGUACGUUCAUGAUACGAAAAUGAAUAUGAUGAAUAGACGCGCAUUUUCCGAGGUAUUAUACGAUGCACCUAGAACGUCUAAAUUGAAAGAAGAUGCACGACAGGUUGAAUUCGUGCGAAUCGGACAGGCAUUAAAAUUGGAAGCUAUUGUGAGGGGUGAUGCUCCUACGAGCCUAGCAUCGGCUGGGCCUAGUUCAAUGUUCAAACGACCGCCAUGGGAACCGCAGUGUUUCUAUGCAGCAUUUUACCAAAGUGGAACCGUUUGUGGUGACUCGUUCGGAAAUGAUUCGAUCUUUAUCUGCACAAAUGAGGGAACAUUUUUGAUCAGAGAGGACCAAUCCUACCAGAUGGUAUUCGAUAAAUCGUUUUGCGUUCGACAAAUUAGCGUCGUCGAAGAUCAUGGGAUAAUGUUGAUACGCGGUGGAUCGUCAGCGCACAAAGACAGUCAUCGAAUUCACGUUUUCAAAUUGAAUGAAUUCAAAGACGAUCAGCUGAAACUACGCACCAAGAAUGAUAUUCGUGACCGGAGGAUUGAUAAAACGCGUGGAUGCCACUUGUAUACGAUAUCGAAGGGCGGAGAUGGCCACUUACGCAUCGCCGUUGCGGUAGGAAGAAAAAUGUUAACAUUCCAGUGGAAAUACUCGGCUGCAUGGACUUCGUGGUGUUCCAAUAAUGAAACUGAAACGGCCGAUGGGUUUAUAUUUUUACGGGAAAUGACGUUGCACGACGUCCCAACUAUUAUGACAAUACUGGAAGGACCGGCAAGUACGAAUUCCGGCUGCUUAACUUGCGUCGGUUUCAAACAUCACUUUGAAGUGGUUAGCGAGCAGACUGGUCAAUCUACACGGUUGCACGAAAUCGAAACCUCGAAGCGAUCUCAAACGCAAUUGAUCGCAGCAUUGGAUCUCUGUGAUGGACAAGAAACGGAACUGCUGCUAUGCUACAAUCACACUUGUCACUUCCAAAAACUUCAAGAAGACAACAAAACAACCGAAUUCGAUUUCCAUUGGAAUACAUCGCCAACUUCAGUUGUAUGCGCAUUUCCCUAUAUCAUUGCACUAACGUCCGAUUCGAUGGAAAUUCGAUUGCUGGUAAAUGGAAAUCUCGUGCAUAUUGUCCAAAUGGCCGAUCUACAGCUGAUAACAUCCAAACGGGACAUUUAUUUUGCAACGACUGCACCGGAAUUUAUACCAAAAGAUUUCCGUAUCAAAGGCAUUGAAAAUGAACAGGAUGGCGAACAGAGCACGAAACAGAUGAAAAUAAACGAAUUUUCGAACGAAAGAAUACUCGAAAUUAAGCACAAAAUUGAGAAAAUUGAAUCGCAAAUUGUAUGUGACGACGACGGUGAUGAUGUGAAUGAAAGUGCUGGCCAACGAGAAGCGCAGUCCGUGCACAUAAAUACCGAAGACAAUUUAACCAAAUUUCUGCCGUUACCAGUCGAUCACGUUCCAUGCAUACAACGCGCUAGAUCGCUCCAAAAACCGAAAGACAAACACUCCGUCGACGAUCCGAAGCGACAAAUAUCGAAAAGUAAUUCGUGCGGCGAUUCGUACUCAUCGAACAACGGUGAAUUUGCGACCGCCAAACAGCAUAAUUUAAUCGAACCCACCGUUCCACCAAAUUCACCGAAAACAUCAUCCGAAUCACCGGUCUCACCCACCAGACGGUAUUACCUAAAAUCGCCACUGUUGAGCACAAAGCCAAAUGUCCAAAAUAACGGACACGAUGCGGGCAACGCAUCGGAAAAGGUGAAACCGUUACGGAUAUUUCGCAUACCAUUAGCCAAUCUAACUGGAACCCAUUCACAUUACCAUACGCACAACAGUGUGCCGAAGGUUUCGAAAAUAAAUAAAAAUAAAAUUGUUGAGGACCACUCGGAGAACGAUGAUUGUUUCGAUGAAAAUAAAUGUGAUAAUGUAGUGUUAGAGGAUGCCGUUGCAACGAAUGCAGGCGGUGAAUUGUAUGCGUCGUUGUAAACGGUUUAUUUUGCUUCAGACAGUUUCAAGUGAUUUGAAACAGAGAAUUUAGAAUUUGAAACCCCGAACAGCGAUGUCAGAUUAAAAGGUUUUGAGUUUGCUAUUUAAGUACCGGUUGAUUCUUGCCCAUUCGUGGUCAAGCUCAUGGUGGACAAUGCGGUCGUGGUUCUUGUGCGGCCGGUAAGUUCCUUUAAAUUCUUUUCCUUUCGCUCCUAAAGUUUUUCCCUUCCAAAGGAAAAGUCUUUCCUUCCUAAGGGAAACAUUGUUUCCUCCUAAGGGAAACAAUGUUUCCUCCAAAGGUAAAAAUCUUUACCAUUCCAAUAGAAGAGGUAUUCAAAGGAAAAGUCUUUCUCUUCCAAAGGAAAAGUAUUUCUCUUCCAAAGGAAAAGUAUUUCUCUUCCAAAGGAAAAGUCUUACUCUUCCAAAGUAAAAGUCUUUUUCUUUCAAUGGAAAUGUCUUUCUUUCCCAAGGGAAAAGUUAUGUUCUCACAAAGGAAAAGUAUUUCUCUUCUUCGUAAAGCAAAACGUCAUACUACUCUCGGGAAAUAAUUUGAUAUUUCGUAUAAUGAUGAGUAAAAAUACCUCCGGCUGAAGCCGUACGACACUGGAUACGAAAUAUCAAAUUUCUUCCCUGGUAUAGUAAUACAGAAAUUAUGUUUUUUCGUCCCUGCACGCAUCUGUCCUUGAUAAGACGAUUUCGAAUUUUAUGUCACAAUCAUCAUCCCCCUCCAAUGUUGCCUCAAUAAAUACCAUUUCAAGUUUGUUUGGUUCCAAUUAGAACGACUCUCGAGUCUAUCAUUUUCCUUCGUUCCAUUGCAUUUUCCUUGAUAUAUCUCGACCAUAAAGUCGAAACUUACUGAAGCAAUGAAAUGCUUCUAGUUUUAACAUCAACUGGGAUUCGAACAGAACGCAAACCGCAAACAUUCACAUCCCAAUAACUGAGAUAAAGUUUUGCUCCUUAAUUACACAAUUUGUUAAUUGCUGGAAAGACGACAUUUCACCAUUCACGGCUGAUUAAUUCGCAAUUACAGCACACUAGCUAUGUGUGGUGUACAAAUAUGGGCCUGUGUUAAUGUGGCGAUAAAUUUAUCACCAUUUCGAAGUGUGUCUCUGUUUUCGUUUUGCGGUCGUCGCAGAAAGUUGUUACGGAAUUUUCAUGGGCAUUUUAAUUGUUCCAAAUUCAAGAAUAGUUUCCGUUGUGGUUAUUUUGCAAGUGUUCUGUACAACCACAAAUGGAAAAUGUAAUCACGUAAGUUUUACAGUUAUCUAAAUUGUAAGGCAAAAUGUUAGCAAAUUCACAGUUUUCUGUCACAUACCACUUCUCAGUUAAUUUCAUGUGCAGUAGAAAAGCAAUUGUAAGCUUAAUAGCUUUGCAAACUAGACACAAACUAUUUAGCAGAUACAAAGACUCUUUCAAAGAGAUAAUGUCGACAAUAUAUACAUCAUUUGAACUCCGUUUUGGAUCGACUGAUCCGUUAAUUUAUUGUUCAUGUUCAUACAUACUGAGUACAUCCACCCAUCUACAUAAAAUAACAUUAAUACACAAACACGCUCUUCCCGAGGAGUUGUUGUUUGUGUUGAUGCUGCUUAAUCCAUAUGACUCGCGGCAUAUUCAAACUUCUUCAGUCUUAUACGCAACUCUUCAAUUCAAUACACAUAAACAUGAUACUUGACGUGCACUUCCUUCCUUCGAAUUGAUGUGUUUAAUCUAAAUUGCUAAAUGAAAAAAUCAAUCUUCUUAGUCCAAUGUGGGCAGUUGUUUGUCCACUGCCGCUUGUGUCGUUGCCUAUUUUUAUGGUUUUUUUGUGUGGGAAAAACGCUUAUCGGAUCAAGAGAACCAUGAUCGAAUUUCAACAUCCAAAGACCUAAAAUCGUAAAGUUACAUGAUGGUGCUGUCAUUUUUCAACUUGUCUUGAGUGUCCAUCCAAUUUCUGGGGGCCGAUUAGCAUCAGAGCCAUCUCUUUCGAGUAUAACUCUAUGCCUAAAACACAACCAAAUCGUAACAAUUAUUUAUAAUGAAUUUUAUGGACUAAGAAUCCAUUUUUUUGUGAAAGAGAAGUAAAUUACAAAUCAAAAUGAUGAAAGAUUUUUGAUAAAUGUUAAGAACAAUAUCUAUUCAUUGUUCUAGAACUGUAAAAUGAUAUCUCGGAUCAAGGCGUACGGCCUUGAUUUCGUUUCAAUACGAAAUAUCAUUUUACAAAUCGUGUGUUGAAUAAAUAGUUUUAUGUAUAGAGAGCGUCUGCAAAUUCGCUGACUCUACUCCACUGUAAAGCGCAUUUUACAAGCGAGUGCAGCGAGAGGUAAAUAUAAAUAAAAAAAAAUUAUCUGUGUUAUGUAAAAAUAAGAAUUAAGAAUUUCAAAAAGAAAACAAUAACCAAAAUAUAUUUAAAGUUAAGUGAAAACAGAGAUAUCUAGAGAAAUAAGAAACUAUAAAUUUAAUUAUAUUGUCCUAUAAUUGUGAAAGGAAAAAGAAGUUUUUAUUAGAAAAUAAAUGAAGAUGUUGAAACAAUUGAAUGGAUAAAGGUAAAAGAUCUAUGUUUACACUAAAUGUAAGAAAUAAAAACAUUUUAUUUAACGAA